CGCGCGCAGACUCUCGAGAAGCAGCGCAAACACGAAGUUUAGACAAACACGCAGCAGGCAGAGCUAGAUUCCUCGAUGGCUCUCAGGACAGAGCGGUGUAGAGCGCUGUCUCUCCUCCGAUGCUGGAUCUCGCUCUUGGGCUUCACAGCGGUGUCGGUGUGUGAGGCCGUGCAGGUCUCAGUCCGUGACGAGCGACGCUUUGCAAUGCUCUUCCAGUCGGUGGUUCUGCCGUGUCAUUACACCAGCGUCUCCACUCAGACUCCAGUCAUCCAGUGGUGGUACAAGUCUUACUGCCGCGAUCGAAGCCGUGAUGCCUUCCGCUUCCCCGACACGCUGGCGGUCCACGGCUCCGAGCUCGGCUCCUCCGUUCAUCUGGACUGCGGGGACAGCGGCCGGACGGUGCGCAUCGUGGCUUCUGGACAGGGCUCGUCCAUCACCCUCGCUGAACACUACAAGGACCGGGAUAUUUCCAUCAUCAACAAGGCAGACCUGCGCAUCGGUGAGCUGCAGUGGGGUGACAGUGGUGUUUACUACUGUAAAGUGGUGAUUUCGGAUGAUUUGGAGGGACAGAAUGAAGCACAUGUGGAGCUGCUGGUGUUGGGUCAGACAGGUUUGGCCGAUGGUCUUCUGCCUGGGUUUAAUCUGGAGAUUGUUCCAGAGUGGGUGUUUGUGAGCGCUGUGCUCGUGGGCAGUCUCCUGGUCGUUCUGCUGGUGGGUGUUUGCUGGUGUCAGUGCUGUCCUCAUUCGUGCUGCUGUUAUGUGAGAUGCUGCUGCUGUCCAGACACCUGCUGCUGCCCUCGACACUUGUAUGAAGCAGGAAAGGGGAUCAAGUCAACUCCGCCCACACCUGUGCCUAUGAUCCCUCCCUACUACAUACCUGGGAUGCCCACCAUGAUGCCCAUCGCUCCGCCCUCCCUCAUUGACCCCAACCUGUCCACUGCACCAUCACUGGAGAACAGUGGCUCAGUGUGGAGUGGUCUCCAUCUGCGGUCUGCGUCAGAUCAGAGCUCUCUGAAGGUGCUGCAGUUUGUGGAGAAGCAGCUCGCUCAGUUUAACCCAUCACAGACACUUAGCAGCAGUCCAGACUCCUGCAGUAUGUCCGAGCUGAGUUCGUUACAUGAUGUAGAAACGGACUUCCGCCAAACCUAUCGACAAGUCCAGAAGAAGGCUCUACCAGCCAUCCCUGAUCUUGAUGACCCCGCUGACCUCCGGGCCACAGAUUUAUCUCCGGUUCAUGAAGGAAGAUACUCACAACAGCCUCAGCGCAGGAACCAUGUGGCAGAUGAACGCCUCAGGUGGAACCCUCGCUCGGAGCACCUGCAGAGGAAGGCUUUCCAGGAGCGAGGACGGACUGGAUCUGUGGAUGAGCUGGAGGAGUUUGCGAUGGCGUAUAUGCAGCGAGGACGUCACGGUGACAACGGAAACAGGGAGGACUACUACAGAGAACGAGAGCGAGAACGGGAUCAUUACCCACUUUACUGUUCCAAGGUCAGUCCAGCGAGACGCCCCCCCAGCCCUCCACCCUUACCUGGAAAGAAGCGGGACACUUGUGACAACGGUCAAGCCCAGCGGGAUCCACGAGAGCGGGAUCAGAGCAGAAGAGAUCACAGGCCAGACUACAACCAUACCCUUCUCAACACUUUAUUGGAACGUAAAGCUAAAGCUGUGAAGAGCAGCGCUUCAAAAGCAGGACAGACCGAAGAAGACUCGGAAACGCCUUCCAAAAACAGUAGUGAGCGUUCCCACAGCAGGACUCCCAAUAACCAGUCCCCUCGGCAGCGGACGGCAGAGGACAACGAAUCCCUGCCGCCGUACACAGAGAAGGAGCUGGAGCGUUCCCGUAGAGCCGAGUCCGGACAACAGCCGUUCAGAUACACACGCUCCGGUCCCGGGCCAGAGGAGCAGAACCGCCCUCGGAAAGUGAGCACUCUUCUGAGCAGAGACUCUCUCGUGGUUUGAUGAGGACGUCUCCACCGCCGGCUCACACACGUGCUGCAGAAGCUCACAGCUGUGACUCUGAACAUGGAGAGAAUCCAUGAGACUUUCCUGACAGUUUGAGCAGAUUUGUGUUUGAUGAAAGCGUUCACCACACAGUGGGAAGAUGAGGUUUACACUGAGAUGCUGGAGCUAGUAUAUGAGGAUAGCAAACACUAACGUUAGGGAUCAGGAAGAUUUGUCAUCUUUUUUUAAAGAAGUCUCUUUUGCUCAUUAAGAUGUGUUUUUUUAUAUUAUUGUAAUUUAAAACAACAGUUUUUAAUGUAUUUCUGUGAUGCUCCGCUGUAUUUUCAGCAUCAUUCCUCCAGUCUUCAGUGUCACAUGAUCUUCAGAAAUCAGAAUAAUAUGACUAUUCAAAAGUUUCAUCAAUUUGUAAUUUUUUUAAAACAAAUACAAGGAUGUGUGAAAUGAUAAAAUUUAAAUGAUUAUAUAUAUGAGAAUAAAAAAGGAAUAACAUACUAGGAACAUCAACAGUUUCAACACUGAUAUUAAAUCAGCAUUAGAA